UUCAUACAUAUAUUUAUCAAAUCGUCUUUGUGGAUAGCAUACGCUUUGAAAAAGAUGGUGUUGAACCUUUUCAACUGCACAUGGCAUUUACAAAAAAUAACGUGGCAUUCCUUAAAAAGAAGUUUUUCUGUAGUGUCGACUACUCAAAAUACAAUUACCAGACUAGUACUAAUGCGACGACAGUGUCGACAGUCAAAACAGUCACAGUUUUGUCAAUCGUAAGAAAAUACAUCGAUAGUUCAUUGAUUAAAUCUCCAGGAUAUGGGUAUAAAUAUAAUUACUAUCUUUAAAUUUUUGUGUGUGCAGUGUAAGGGUUAAGUUUACGCCUUAAAAUAUUAACAUCAUUUCUAAUCUUGUUUCAGUGUGCCUCUUAAAGCCUCUUUAACUACUUAGACUUUAGACAUCAUAGUAUAGUCUUCUUAUUGAAAUUUAUUGUCUUAUAUUUUAUGACCCUAGGCCUAGAAACUAAUAAAUAAAUAAAGUUAAUAUUAUAUACUGAUUAAACAUGUGACAAUGUAAGUUUUAUAGGCAAAAUGAGAUCAAUGCACACUAUUUAAACAUUAAUUAAUAUGGAAAAAAACACCUCAUAUAAUUAAUUAUUAAUUAUAUUAAUUAUAUAAUAAUAAUAAUUGUAAAUGAAAAUGAAAUUGUAUUGAAAUUUCUAAGUUUUACAGUUUACACAUUUAUUAUAAAUUCAAUUCAAUUUCAAUAAUAAUUUUUGUACAUAUUAAAUUUAUGUUUUGAUAAAUAUAUUAUUGUCUAUUGUAAUUGAAGAUACACUUAUUUUUUAAAAAGUAAUGCUAUUAUUUUAUAUUUUACUUUUAUUUUUCAUGUAAACUUUUAAAAGUUAUUUAGCUAAUGUAGAUUUAUUUUAUAAAGUUAAUAUAGGUUUAUUCAAUUGUGUAUCAACUCAAUCAACUUAAAGUAUUGAAAUUAGUGUAUGGGAUAGGACAUACUGCAAAUUUGAAACAAAAAAUGAAUAUAUAUUCCAGACAUGUUCGGCUGCAUACUUCUCCACAAAAGCAAACAUCUAAUCCUUUAAAAUGGAGUUAUGUUCAUGGCGCCUCAUCUGUUCCUCUAUUGGGUAUCACAGUUGGAAAGCAACUUCAGAAGACUGCAGAAACCCAUCCUAACAGGUCUGCAAUGAUAUUUGCCAAUGAGAAACAGCAACUUACAUUUACAGAAUUGUUAGCAAAGGUAAGUAAGUUAUACAAAUUUCUUUAAAAAAUGUUUCUUUUAAAAUUAGCCUAAUUUGUUUUUUUGGAUGGCCCCUAGUUUUAAAGUGAUAAGUGUAAAGCCCCUGGCUUUGUCUCUUUGUCUGUAAUGAGAAGGAUCUGCAAAGAGAAAACAAUUCUACAAUUGCAUGUAAAAUGUUUGUUCUCAUUCCUUAUAUCUUUUUUUAUUGGGUUUACCUUUGCUACUAAUAAGAAAUUUUAUUAAAAUAUUCAUUCAUAUAGGUUUAACAUUUUGUAAUAAGUAUUUUUUUUUUAUUUAUGUAGAGAAUAAUCUUGAAUACUUUGUAUUCCAUACACAAUGUUUUUAAUUUUUUUUAAAUUAUUUAAAUAUGUAUGUAUUUUUUAAAUAAGGCUGACAUGUUUGCAGCUGGGUUAAGAACCUUAGGCUUUAAACAUGGAGACAGAGUUGGUAUUUGGGGACCUAACUCAUUAGAGUGGGUGCUGACUCAGUAUGGAACAGCAAGAGGAGGAAUAGUCUUGGUGAGCCCUAAAUUUUUAGACUUAUUUCAGUUUCAUAACUUGUAUUAUGUUAUUUUGAUUUUAUUUCCAAUUAAAAACUACAAAUAUAACAGACAUUAUUUUUCUACGGCUUUUCUUAAAGAUUUGUAAACAAAGUCUAUGCAUUUGUAAUAUACUUUCCUGUAUCAUUGUUUAAAAGAAGGUUAAGAUAUAUCUUCUUAUCUGUAAAAUUUUAUAUUAAUUAUUUCAGGUGAACAUAAAUCCAUCUUACAGAAAAAAUGAAUUGAAAUAUGCUCUGAAUAAGGUAAUGAUUUUGUUGCUUACCGGUAUUGGAAUUUUCAUAAGGGAUCAGUGGCAAAUCUAGGGGAUGGCAAAGGAGGAGACAUUUCUUUACAAGCAAAGUUGCUGACAUUCACGCUGAGCUUGAUGGUCUUGACAUAGGGCCCUUAGAUUUGCCUAAUUUUUCUUGUGUUAGUUCUCAUGUCAAUGUUUUAAACCGGUUUUAGAGCAAGAGGUCAAAAGUAUUAUUCUGAAAUCUAAACCUACAUCAUGUUCUUUGGACCCCAUCCCCACCCCUUGUUGGUUGAGACGUUAGAACAUUCCUAACGAUAACCCACAUAGUCAAUGAGAGCUUGUCUUCUGGCACUUUUCCCCCUCUUUGUAAGUCAGCUGUCAUCAAACCAUUGCUAAGAAGCCUGGUUUGGAUGAAAAUAAUUUUUAGAAAUUAUAGACCAGUAUCUAACUUAUCAUUUUUAUCUUAAGUCAUUGAAAAACUAGUUCUAAAACAAUUUUGCCUACUUAAAUGACCACUCCCUUCUCAAACCUAAUCAGUUAGACCUUUCCACAGAGUCAGCUCUCUUGAGAGUCACAAAUGAACUCUUGCUUGCAAUGGACAGCGGUAUUUUCUCCAUCUUGAUCCUUUUAGAUCUCAGUACGGCCUUUGACACUGUUGACCAUAAAAAUCUCUACAAAACCCUUGAAAAUGACUUUGGAAUUUCUGGUUCAGUUUUGGCAUGGUUUAGUUCCUACCUCUCUGAUAGAACGCAGGCGGCCGCUGUCGAUUGAUAAGGUUCCCUAGCCUUUGUGGAUUCCUCUACUUCCUUCAAGGCAGUAGGUUCUGAUUUUGUUCCACCCCAGGUAUUUUAUUUCCCUGGUACCCUCCAUAUCUGGUGGGCUUUCCCGUAUCCACCACCUGGGGAGGUGCUCGAUGGGAGAUCAGUAUCUCUGCACGAGUCUCUUCUUUCAGGUUUACGAAAACACUUCAUAGAAAAAUUACAAAAGGUUUAAAACUCAGCUGCUAGGCUAGUUCUGAAGGCAAAUAAACAUGAUCAUGUCACAUCACUACUUCAUUGGCUCCCUGUACAAGCCCGGAUUGACUAUAAACUCUCUGUUCUUUGCCACAACUUUUUCUCAAAUUCCUGCCCUUCCUAUGUCACCGCACUUCUCUCUGUCUAUUCGCCCCCUUCGACAGCUUCUCUCCUCCACAGACACGAGUAUUCUUUCUGUUCCCAAGUCACGCACAAAAACAUACGGUGAAAGAUCUUUCUCUUUCUGUGCCCCCAAACAAUGGAAUUCUCUUCCACUACACAUCCGCAAUAUACCUACCAUCUAGGCCUUCAAAACUGCACUCAAAACACAUCUCUUUAAACUCUACUAAUCUGACUGAUUUCCCCCUCUAACCGAUAAACAAUGCUGCUGGGUACCGUCCAUGGCUUGACAUGUAAAUAGUUCUGGAAUGGGUGGAGUGAAUAUACAUUUGUUUUGCUUUUAUACACUCGUUUUUUAUUUCAUUAAUGAAUGUUAAUUUUUAAAUUCAUGAUUAUGUUUUGUUUUUAUACCCUCGUUUUUUAUUUCAUUAAUGUAUGUUAAAUUUUAAGUUCAUGAUUAUGUUUGUUAAAUUGUAUGUACAGCGAGGUGAGCCCAGCCCUUGGCUGGGGUACAGCGCUAUAUAAAACCACUAAUAAUAAAAAUAAUAAAACAUUAGGGUGUUAUUUAUUACGUUAUCUAAAUGAUGGGUGUCUUGUAUUAGAGGGUAGCUUCUUUAGCAGUUAUACCCGCUCCGCACAUAGUCAAGGUUUCGGUACUCUGUGUGAUUAGGAAUGUUUAACUUUUUUUUAUUUGGUCAAAAAGUGUUUUUUAUUAGACAUACUAAUUUAAAAUUAUUUCAAAUUUGUUAAGUUUCUUUAUUUUUAGAACAGUUUUCAUAUUAUAUAAUGGUUUCCAACAUGGAGAGCUUCUGACACAUACUUUAUAGAAUUCAUUUCUAUUUCUUUGUUGUUUCUGCUGUUGAAGGCGUCUAGACAAAACGUUAAUUUGAUUGUCCAUUUUUAAAAAUGGCAUAUGAGUGAAUAAUCAACAUUUUUUUUUUUAGUUACGCCUCACACAAUGAACAUUUAUUACGGAAGAAGAUUGCCAAGUGCUGUUCUUCAGGAUUUAAUCCUUAUUAUACCCCCCUCCCCUUUUCAUCACUUAGCUCAUAUAGUGCUUACAUUUUUGUACUACAUUACUAAAUUACACUGGUGUCGAAAUUUGAUAACCCACAAUUGCAAUCUUUUUUUUUCUAAUUUUCAUCCGCAGGUUGGCUGUAAGGGUCUUGUGGCUGCUCCUAGUUACAAGAACAUUGACUACAUUUCUAUGUUGAGAGACCUGAUGCCAGAAAUGGAUAUUACCUUAGAAGGCUCACCUCUUAAUGCCAAGGAGUAAGUUGACUGUUAAAUAGGUACAUAAACAAUACAUUAAAUAAUUAAUUCUGAAUUAUGCAAAUUAAAUUUAAAAUUACAGUUUUGGAAACCUUACAAUAAAGUUCUACCAUAUUUUGUUUAACUAAAUUUUCAAUGACUGAAGGACACAUUUCUAAAUUAUAAUUGUAAUUUUUUUUUAUCCAAUAGUAAACUGUAUGAUAAUAGUUAUUUUUAAAAAACUUAAACUUAAUGAUGAAAUAUAAAAUAAUAUUUUUUUGAAUGUUGCAUUUCCUGGAUUUUACUUCCACAAAUAAUCAAGGAUAUUUUUAUUAACUUCCGGGUGAGAUCACUUAAAAACAGUAUUUUUGGUUUUUGCAAACAAAGUUCUCAUAGGCCAUUACACUAAAAAAUUGUUUUUAAGUGAAUGUCAUAGUUAACAUUUGGUAGUAGCCUAGUGUUUUUUUUUUGUUGUUUUUGUUUUUUAAAUACUCUGAUGUAAAUAGUUGCAAGAGUAUUCAAGCAUUCUUUGUUUCCUUUUUCUGUUCAGUUAAAUUUUACAAACAUAAUGGUUAUUCAGAUUGUGUGUUUAUUUCUGCACAUUUCCAAAUGCUGAGAUAUUAAUAAUGUCUUUAUGAUGCUUAUAAUUUAUUGAUUUAUUAUUUUUUUCUUCAGGAUCCCUAAUUUAAAAUAUGUUUUUUCAAUGGGGGCCACUAAAUACCCUGGUACUAUUCGCGUGGAUGACUUGCUGAGAAUGGCUAGCCUCCCAGAGAUACGGGAGAUAAAUGAUAUUCAAGACACAUUUCAGUUUGAUGAUGCUAUCAACAUUCAGUUUACAUCAGUAAGUUACAUUUCAGGCAUGGUGCAUUCUAAGCUCUGUUAAUUGAUUCAGGUUGUCUAAUAAUCAUGUGUUUCAAUCACAGCAUUUAUGUGAACCAAAACAUUCCAGCCAAUUUUCAGCUAAAACGGGGGUGGGUGGCCAACCUUUGGCACAGCACAUUAAAUAUUGUGGACCACUUGAUUUAUCACUUGUUGUAUUUCCAUCCUCAUUCAAAUAGGACUUAUUUUUCAUUUUUGGUAUAAUCACACAUUUGAAAUUAUUAAUUAUUUAUAUAUAAUAUACAGCUUAUAUGAGAUUAGGUAUUGAAAAAAAAUGAUUAGAAAAACAUUUAGUCAGGUAUUGAUGAAUCAUUUAACACACCAACUGGAAGACUCUCAACUCAAAUACGACAUUGAACAAUUUAUCAUUAUACUGGUGACCUUUGAUGUUAAAAAAUACAUAUUUAAAUCCAUAAUUUCAAGAUCUUCUUUUAAAAUUGUGUCAUAAAAGGGCACGACAGGAUCACCAAAAGGGGCUGUUCUCACGCAUCACAACCUUGUCAACAACAGUUAUUUUGUGGGACUCAGGUGUGGAUACCAUGAACAUGUAAGUCAUCUUAAGUUAAACAAUCAUUUUUUAUUGUUUUUAUUGGGCACCAUUUGCUUACAAUGCACUUAAACUUUGGUAUUUUCAAUAAAAAUGAAGAUAUCAAAGUCAUCCUUAAAAAGCAGAUUAAAAACUGUCCAUAAAAUUAUACAAAAUUUGUUGUAGUUUAAUGCUGUUGACAAUAUUGCUUAUUAAGAUUGUUCAAUUUCCAGGAUUCCAUCAUAUGUGCGUCAGUUCCUUAACAUCAGUGCUCUGCAUCAUUUUCCUUCUCGUAGCACAUCCAGACCCUUCCCAGAUUUCUAUGGUUUCCAAAAUUAAAAUUUGAACAAAACCCAACUGAUUUACUGUUGUUCAGAUAUACCAAAAUUGUAAAUGUUUUUUUUAAAUUCCUUAUAUAUUUGAAAUUAACAUGAACUAGUAGAAUUUUACACCAAGUGAUAUAAAACAGUUUUUCAGUUUUUAAGGUGGAAUAUCAAUAGAACAGAAGUAUAGAUAAGAUAUUUUUUUUUUAAAACUGCAUAUAAAAAUGAAAAGAUUUAAAUUAAACAAUAACUAAUGGGACAUUUAAGCAGUGACUUGCAAAUGAAGCUAGAGUAUUUAUUUGAAUAGAAUCCCAAAAAUUAAACAAGCCACGCAAUAAUAAUAGAACAAAGCAAUUUUUUUCAAUUAUCAUACAAUAAACAUUCGAUUCACUAUAUAAAGAAAUCAGAUGAAAGAUCUUUGGUAACCUCAGUUUGGACAGAAUGGGGCUUAGUUUGUAUUGGUUUAUUUUUUCAUUUAUGGGCUAUAAAAAGUUUACUCGGUAGUGUAAAAAACAACAACUAACAAUCAUCACCAAGUUGAAGUAUUACACAAUACAGGUGUGAAAAGGGUAAAAUAUAUCUUUAUAUCUGCUUUAUAUCAUUGACAUUAUUACUUAAAGUGCAAGUUUGCUCAUUGGCCAGGAUUCCAUCAUUUGUGUGCCAGUUCCAUUAUAUCAUUGCUUUGGUAUGGUCAUGGGAUGUAUGCAAAGUAUCACUCAUGGUGCUACAAUGGUGUGGCCUUCACCUGUCUUUGAUCCAGAAAGUGUUCUUAGGGCACUAGAGACUUACAGGUGAUUUUGAGUUCAUUAUUUAUAGUUUAUUCUUUGUAUCAAGCAUCAAAAGAAUAUUUUAAACCUGGAUAUUGUUUUUUUAAUUUUAUUUCCAUUGCCUAUUUGUAAUUCGGUAUAGAAAUACUUUUUUAAAAGUAUUGAACUGACUGAACUGGUUCCAGUUCAUUUAUAAUACAUUAAUGAAUCAAUGCCUCUUGAACAGCAUCCCCAAAUGGUAGUCUGCCGAACGGCACCGCUUUGCUAGCCUUUUUGUGCAGGUUGGCGCAACAUGAAUAUUUAUAUUAACAAAUAUAUAUAUUUAUAAUCGAAAAAUCUGGCACUUGGUGCAAUUUCCUAACUUAUCCACCAGUCUGCAAAACUUACAAGCUGCUCUAGACAAUAUGAAUACAUUAAAUAGUUGUUAGUCUACUUACAGUCUACUUAAUUCCAUUGAAGUUAGUCAUAACUAAGAUGACUAUGUAAAAAAAAAAAUGUUUCUACAUAAGACUUCACUAAUUUAAUUUUAACAGAUGUUUUGAGUUUUUAAUUAUUGCUGAAACCUGCUGGGGUAUCUCUUUCAUUAUAUGAACAAGGUUUUGUAAGACAAAAACAUGAUAUGUGGAUCUGUUGCAAAAUUUGUUUUUAAAAUCAGAAUUCUUAAUUACCUUGAGAUUCAAAAUUUACUUUUAAGUUUAAAUAUUUACAAAAUUAUGACAGAGAUUGUAAUGCAAAGGUCUUAUAAUAAUUCAUGCAAUGCUGUACCGGUAUUAACAUGGAUCAAUCAUGCAUUCUUAAUGUUAAUGGAACAGGAGAUGUUUUAUAUCAUCCAGUAGAGUUGUUAUCAAAAUAUCAGUUCUUAAGUUUUCUCAUAAUUUUUAUUGGUUAAUAGUUAGAUUUGACAUGUUCUUGGAAAUUAUGUGUUUAGAACAAACUGUUUCUGUAAGUUACUCAUGAUUUGGAAUUUUGUUCAAACAGAUGCACAGCCCUGUAUGGUGUUCCGACCAUGUUUAUCGACAUCCUGAAUCAUCCAUUGUGUGACAAGAUAGACACUUCCACACUGAUUACUGGGAUAAUGGCUGGCUCACCUUGUCCGAUAGAGACUGUUAGAGAUGUUCUGCAGCGAAUGAACAUGCACAAAUUUACUGUAAGUCACUCGCUCUAUUAUUGUGACUGGGUGCUUGUCUAUGAGUUUUACUGUGACAGUUUUUGCUUCAUUACAUUUUGUUUCAUUACAUUUGUUUAAUUACCUACAUCAAUAUUACAAGUUUUUAUGAUUAAAAGAAUUCUACAAUUCAUCAUAAUGUGCCAGGUCACUGUGAAAAGAGGAAAAAAUGUUUAAAAAUCAAUAUUAAAUCGCUUGUGUCGGAUACUAAAAAUUCUCAGUACCGCUUAAUGAAUACCUAAAGGUAGGACACAACUUUGUAAUGCAUGUCAUAUGAAUGUUUGACCACAAAUCAUGUUGAUGUUGGCUUUCUUCAUGUCAGGUCUGUUAUGGUUCCACUGAAACAAGUCCAGUUUCCUUCCAGUCCACUGGUUUAUGUUCAGUGGAUAAAAGAGUGUCCACUGUGGGCAAAGUCUUGGACCACAUCGAGGUAAGAAAUAUUCUUCACCCAUUUAACCCAGACCCUUAGAAAUUUUCAGCCAAAGGGGAAGAACUCACUUUUUGUGUAAACAUGUUAAGAAAGUUAUAUUUAAAACUAUGUAACAAUUAAAUUAAAUCCUAAAAAAAACUUGCUGUUGAGAGAUUUCUGGGUAAAGCUCAUUUCCUGUCAUUCCAUUGUGAAUAUUUGUAUCAAGUUAGUAUCAUUUCAAAGCAACAAGCUACAAUUUUUAUGGAAGCUGGUAGGUUCUGUGGCAAAGCUUCUUAACACAUUGAGAAAGUGGACUGGCAAUAUUUCAUGACCAGAGACUUCUGUCACAUGUGUGUUUUUUCUGGCACAUAUGUGUUUGUUCUGGUACAUGCGUGUUGUUCUGGCACAUUGCUCUCAGGUUCAUUUCUGAAGAGCUGUUCCUUAGCUUUGCUGUUCAAUCAAACAUUCGAUUGCUAUUUCAUUUGUUCAGAAGAGAUUGGACUUACAGAGCACAACAUGCGUUUUUCUCUCUUCCUUCCUACUGGUAUGGCUUGUGAAAGUUAAUGAAAAGAUGACUAUGAACUUUAGGCUUAAAAGUGACUCCGGAAGUGUUUGGCAAUUUAUUUUCAUUGACUUGAUCUCUUCCCAACAGGCAAAGAUCAUCGACUCAGAAGGCCGAGUGGUUCCUGUGGGCUCAUCUGGUGAACUGUGUACGAGAGGAUCAAGUACAAUGUUGGGAUACUGGGAUGACCCGGAAAAAACGAAGCAAGCCAUAACCCCUGAUGAAUGGUAUCACACUGGGUAAGGUGGGAAUUAUAGCACAUGGGGGAGAUGGUGGUAUGAUAUCACAGUGGCUAAGUUUGGAUUUAUAGCACAUAGGGGUGAUGAUGGCAUACAGAGGCUUUUAUUCAUCUUAAAAGUGAUAUAAUUUUUAUUUUUUAAAUGAUUACUUAAAUUUUUAAAAAUCUAAAAUAUAGAUUUGAAACAUGACGAGUUAUAUCAGACACAUCCGAAGAAUCUUCAUGAUUUGCAAUGUAGAGCGUGGAAAUCAUAGUUACAGUUUCAAAGAUAAUAUUUUUUUGGUUUUUUUAAGUGACCUGGCUGUCAUGACAGAAGAAGGCUACUGCAGCAUUGUUGGAAGAAUAAAAGACAUGCUCAUUCGGGGCGGAGAAAACAUCUACCCUCUGGAAAUUGAACAAAUUCUCUACCAGCACCCUAAGAUAAAAGAUGUGCAGGUUAGUCACAACACUGUCUCUUGAGAUAAGCCAUGUUAAGUAUUGGUGAGUUUAUGUCUUUUCAGCUGACAUAUAUGUUUCAAGAAUUUUUUAUGCAAGUAAUAAGUUAAUCAACAGCACUUACAAUUUGUCCUAAAAAUGUUUUUUUAUUUACCAUGGAAAAAGAAGAGAAAGUUUAUUAUUUAUUAUUUUAAAAAAUGUUUUUGUGCUUGUCUGAGUUGAUUUUAUAUUUUUCAAUAUAUUGGUUUUGCAACAAUACCACCUCAUUUCCUUUUUAGUGAACAGUGGUGCUAUGUACUGAAAUCAAGUUGUCAAUAUGUAGAUUUUUUUUUCUACUCUAACUCAAAUAAAAUAAAAUAUAUUUUUUCGAAAGGUUAAAUACUGAAACUCUAUUGUUUAUGGUUAGAAAUUAAUCAUAAUUUGAAUGGUUUCAUAAAAACAUUUAAACAAAACUAAAAAACAUUGAGUCUCAGAUGCAGUGUUUUUGAACAGGUGAUUGGUGUCCCAGACAAAAGACUAGGUGAGCAGGUCUGUGCCUGGAUUGUGGUCAAAUCUGGGAUGACGUUAACAGACAAAGAUGUCAAAGAAUUUUGUAAAGAUAAGGUGAGGUGAAAACUUAUUGUUUUUAAAGCCAUACCUUAUCCAAUCUAUCUACAAAAAGAAUAAAAUGGAUAUCCCAGCCCAAAGGCUCUUAUGAACCCAAUUAAAUGGAUAUCCCAGCCCAAUGGCUCUUAUGAACCCACUGAAAAUCUGAAUUCGCAAUCCACCCCUAUUGGACCGCAUUCCCAGAAGGACCCCAAUCACUGGAAGAAACCUGGCUAUCCCAGGUACACCAGAGAUAGCUUCCUCAAAAUGCGGUUGACGCCACUUAAAAAUGGUCCCUAAUUCAAGUUCCUACAGCCGUCCCUUUUUCAUCAGCAAACGGCAAGUAGUAAUUCUGUAGUUGGUGGUUGUUUGACACACCAAUUCCUCAUCAAAGAGAUCAAAAUGAUAGCAAAGACUUAAUUUUAUGGUUUUAAUUCUUGGAGCCGGGUCCGAAUAGCCAAUUCGUAAUUUUAUAUUAUUUUAAAGAAUUAAAUAUUAUUUAACAAAUGAAAUAUAAAUUCUACAUCUCGGAAAGCUUUUUUUUAAAAAAAAAAUUGAUGAAAAAUUCUUUCAGUUCUGAAAUUAGUUUUAAUAUUACUAUGUUAUGAAUUAUUAACAGAUGUAUAUAAAUAAUUUUCAUUGUUCUUCGUUGCUUGGUGUUGUGUCUAGCUUCUGGCCACUGUGGAUGUAAAAUACUGAAAGACUGUAGGUAUCAGGGGCUCAUCAAAGUUAAUGAACUGAUGAUAUUUCUUAUUUUUUGUGUACAGUGAAAAUAUAAGAUUAAGAGAUCAGAUAUACCUGAUUAACUAACCCUAAUGGGAAUUUGACAAUGGAAAGAAUAAAUAUAUGGUUCUUGAAAUGUUACCUCUGUUAUUUUAAAAUUCUGUUUCAGAUGGCCAAGUUUAAAAUUCCUCACUACAUUUUGUUUGUUGAGGAUUUACCAAAGACAGUUACUGGAAAGAUACAAAAAUUUGUCAUGAGAGAGGAGAGUAUUAAACUGCUUGGGCUUGAAUGUCAAUAAAUUCAGUUCUAAAUAUUUAACCAGAUAUAAUAUAUUUGACACAUACUUCACCGAGUUGCAAUUUUUUACCAUGCCAAAUGAGCCGAUAUAUUUAUUGAAAAGGUGCCAAAGAUAUAUUUUUUUUAAAUGAGAACACUGCUGUCAACUGAUCUGUGUAAAAUGAAUUCAAACCCUCCAAUAAUUGUGUUAGAAUGGACCAAAUCUCUCAAAAUUUAUUAAUUCAAGGUCUACUAUGCUAAAACAUGGGCACGACUCUUGUCUCAAAUAAUUAAAUUAUAAUUAAAGUAUGUUCCUAUUUAAUGUUAAAACAAAAUUUCAUUGAUUAAUCCCUUUUGUAUAAUGAAUAUAUUUUUAUAUAACGGUUUGUAGCAUUGAAAAUUGCAGCAGAAAUUGAAAAAAAUCACUUUAUCUUCACAAAGAUAACUUGAAACAUAUUUAGUUGAUUUUUGCACACACCAUAUGAUUAAAUAACUAAAUAACUAUUUGAAAUCAGGAUAAUUAAUCUGAGUUAUAUAUGGUAUAUCUAGAAAUGUCUUUGAUAUAUUUCGGUUCAAAUGUAUUUUUCUACAUGUAUUCCAUUGAAUAAAACAAAAUUUAUUAUUUGGCCUAUUCUGCAAUAGCUCUAAACUUAUUUUUUUUUUUUAAAUAAAUUUUGGAAUUUUCUCACAUUACAGAUCUGAAAUGUUUAAAUUGUGCUUUUUUAUUUUAAGUAAGAUUUGAACCUUAGGUUGUUUUUUUUUUAAUGCUAAUAUUUAUUGUGAUACUGAAAUUUAGAGAAUAUCAAUUUUUUGUAUGCUUAAAUAUAUAUAUAAAACUUUAUAAAAUUAUACAUUUGUUGCAUGUUAAAUUGCUCAACAUUUACUUAUUGCCUAAAAGUUAAUUUUCUCUUUACAUUUGCUGAAUAAUGUCAUUACCGGUAUUGUAUUAUCUUUAUUAUAUUGUGCCUUAUACUGGACUCCAUGUUGAUGUUAUUCUGUAAUAAAACCCUGUGCACAUUCUUAAAAAAGAAUAUCUUUUCCCCAGGUUAUUUAUUACCUCUGAAUAUUAAAAAAAAAUACGGCUGUGGGAUUGGGCAUAAAUAUUUUAUAAUGAAAAUAUUGUGUUGAACAGUAAUCAAUAAAUAAAGUUUUUAAAAAUGAAAUAAGAUGCAAGUACUUAGAGCCAUGUGAAUUAAAAUUCUGCAUUAGGAAUUGUGGAGGACUAUUUAAAUUAAUUCAUUAUCAAUAAAAAAAAUUAUUAAAAACUUAUAUCAGGUGUCUAAUGAAAAAAUGUAAUGUAAUGAAAUAAUUGAUCACAAUGCUUACUGUUUUUAAAUGCUUACAGCUGUUAAAGAUGGUAUAAUUUGGCUGUUAUUUGGUGUGUUUUUUCAAUGUAAUUUGAAAAUAACCAAUGAUUAUCACUGCCGUCUAUGUUGCCAUAUUAACCCAGACCAAAUAUACAUGUAUUAUUAUUGUGAUUUUUCUUUCUUAUGUAAGACUUAUGAAAUAAAUCAUAAUUGCUU